AUGAUGAUGAUGAUGAUGAUGAUGAUGAUGAUGAUGAUGAUGAUGAUGAUGAUGAUGAUGAUGAUGAUGAUGAUGAUGAUGAUGAUGAUGAUGAUGAUGAUGAUGAUGAUGAUGAUGAUGAUGAUGAUGAUGAUGAUGAUGAUGAUGAUGAUGAUGAUGAUGAUGAUGAUGAUGAUGAUGAUGAUGAUGAUGAUGAUGAUGAUGAUGAUGAUGAUGAUGAUGAUGAUGAUGAUGAUGAUGAUGAUGAUGAUGAUGAUGAUGAUGAUGAUGAUGAUGAUGAUGAUGAUGAUGAUGAUGAUGAUGAUGAUGAUGAUGAUGAUGAUGAUGAUGAUGAUGAUGAUGAUGAUGAUGAUGAUGAUGAUGAUGAUGAUGAUGAUGAUGAUGAUGAUGAUGAUGAUGAUGAUGAUGAUGAUGAUGAUGAUGAUGAUGAUGAUGAUGAUGAUGAUGAUGAUGAUGAUGAUGAUGAUGAUGAUGAUGAUGAUGAUGAUGAUGAUGAUGAUGAUGAUGAUGAUGAUGAUGAUGAUGAUGAUGAUGAUGAUGAUGAUGAUGAUGAUGAUGAUGAUGAUGAUGAUGAUGAUGAUGAUGAUGAUGAUGAUGAUGAUGAUGAUGAUGAUGAUGAUGAUGAUGAUGAUGAUGAUGAUGAUGAUGAUGAUGAUGAUGAUGAUGAUGAUGAUGAUGAUGAUGAUGAUGAUGAUGAUGAUGAUGAUGAUGAUGAUGAUGAUGAUGAUGAUGAUGAUGAUGAUGAUGAUGAUGAUGAUGAUGAUGAUGAUGAUGAUGAUGAUGAUGAUGAUGAUGAUGAUGAUGAUGAUGAUGAUGAUGAUGAUGAUGAUGAUGAUGAUGAUGAUGAUGAUGAUGAUGAUGAUGAUGAUGAUGAUGAUGAUGAUGAUGAUGAUGAUGAUGAUGAUGAUGAUGAUGAUGAUGAUGAUGAUGAUGAUAUUGUUUAGAAGGACAAUGAAAGUUACAUGA